AUGACCUGGAACAACGUCACCAUGUCGGGAGGUCUUGAGGCACUUGCAUUGAAAGAAGAUGACGUCAAGAAGUUUCUUGCCUGUGGCACUCAUUUGGGAUCACAGAAUUGUGAUUUCCAAAUGGAGCAGUAUGUUUACAAGCGAAAUACAAACGGGAUCCACAUCAUCAAUCUGAGAAGAACAUGGGAGAAGCUGGUGUUGGCUGCACGUGCCAUAGCAGCAAUUGAGAAUCCAUCUGAUGUGUGUGUCAUGUCUGCUAGACCACAUGGGCAGAGGGCUGUCCUUAAGUAUGCUCUCUACACUGGGGCCAAUGCUAUUGCUGGACGUUUUACCCCUGGUGCAUUCACCAAUCAGAUUCAGGCUGCUUUUCGAGAACCACGCCUUCUGAUUGCAACAGAUCCCCGCACUGACAACCAGCCAAUCACGGAAGCAUCUUAUGUCAACAUCCCAGUUAUUGCCUUCUGCAACACAGAUAGCCCACUGCGCUUCGUCGACAUUGCCAUCCCGUGUAACAACAAGGAGAAGCUCAGCAUUGGCCUCAUGUGGUGGUUGCUUGCUAGAGAGGUUCUCCGUCUCCGUGGAAACAUUUCUCGAGAUGUGAAAUGGGAUGUGAUGGUGGAUCUCUUCUUCUACCGUGACCCAGAUGAGGUUGAGAAGGAGGAACAGGCUCGGGGAGAAGCUGCUGUCAAAGAACUGACAGAGUAUACACAGCCUAUCUCCCUGUUUCAAUAUAAGUAG